UUCCUGGUGUCCUUACUGUCCAUGGUGUUGACUGUUUUGAUCCUUAUCACUGUUAUCAUCAGAACAGCUACCCGAGGACCAUAGAUUCCCCCUACACUGAAUGCAUGAGCAUUUACACGAUGGAAUGCAAUUUAGGCGCUGUUGGUGUUGUCUUUUGAGUUCUCUUGCCAUCACUUUAGCUUUAUGACCUAUGGCUCUCUGGAGGAACCAGGUCUUGGUCUCGUGUCACUCACGUCUGUUUGUUCUUCUCUGAUUGUCAGUGUUCUGUUUGCUGCGACUGGCUAUGCUACCUUCACUGGGUACACGCAAGGUAAAAUCUUUGAAAACUACUGCAGGAACGAUGACCUGGCUAUGUUUGUUUACUUCUGUCUUGGCAUCAGUAUAAUAACAACUUGUCCUCUGGAGUGUUUUGUGACUCGGUCGGUAAUAUGCAAUGUUUUUUUUAAUGGGUCUCUCAACAACCGUGCCCAUGUGGCUGUCACCUUGCUUAUAGUUGCAGUGUUUACAUUGCUAUCCUUGGCCUACGACUGUCUGGGUAUUGUUCUGGUGUUAAAUGUAAGUCAGAUGUCCUUUGAAUUGUUGUGACUUAUUUCCCUAC